CAUUUAAUUGAUUACAUGGCUGAUAUUCUCAAACAGAAGGAUUCAGAGCUCACCAACUUUAAGGUGGCAGCAGGCACUCUGGAUGCCAGUACAAAGAUUUAUGCUGUCAGGGUGGAUGCUGUGCAUGCUGAUGCCUACAAAGUUCUUGGUGGCCUGGGCUCUGAGACUAAACCUGUGGCAGAGCAUGGCCCAAUGGAGGAAGGAGACGUGGAGGGAAGUUCUGCAGGGGAACUGACCACCAAGCAGCCAAAGAAGAAGAGACCUCCUAAGAAGACAGUGGAACAGAACCUGAACAACAUCAACAGUACUGAGUCUGAAAGAAAGUGUGAGGUGGACCCCAUGUUUCAACGCAUGGCUUCGUCCUUUGACGAGAGCAGCACAGCAGGUGUCUUCCUCUCUGUGCUCUUCAGUGAGGACAGCCGCUGCGAGCUUCUCUUCCCCUCCCACAUGACCCUGCUCCAGUCCAGGCCAUCUUUCAACCCUCCUCCUGCACAGCAUGUCUCUGCAUCACCUUUCAAAAGUAGUCUGCAGCAUGCUCAGGACAAGAACUCCAUCUGUCCCUCUUUAGAAGACUUUUCCUUCAUAAGCUGGAACCCUGACCAGACCACAAACCAGCUGCUUGAGAAGAUGAAGCUAGGUGAACAUGUGUUUGAUGUGAAUGCCGAGCCGGAACCAGAGCUAAAUGAGGACGACUGCCAGGACUUUGAUGCCGACUACGAGGAGGGUGAAUGUGGAGAGGAACCCAAGGACUGUAUUGAGGCCUGUGAGGCCUCAAUGGCCCAUAAAAGCCGGGAUGUGAUUCCCAUUGGGGAGGCCGACAUUGCCACCAUGUGUCUGCAGCUGUCCUCACAGCCCAGGGAGUACUCCUACUUCAGCCCCAGGACAAUGGCUACGUGGGCCGGGCCCGGCUACUGGCAGUUCAAACCAAAGCACAAGCUGGACCACAUGCCUGACAAGGAGACACGUAAAAGGAAGCCGAAGAAGACUUUUGAAAUAGACUUCAGUGAUGAUGUCAACUUUGACACUUACUUCCGUACCACAAGAGCUGCCACCACUAAUGCCAAGUCUGGCCUCAGCACCAGCAACAAGAAGACCAUUCUACCUACCAACUUCCAAUUCCCUCCCGAGACCCUCUCUCAGCUCACCCUCAAACCCUGCAGCACGCUGUAUCAAGAGGCCCAGAGGCGGCUGUCUGGAGAGCUAGGUGAGGGCAUCGGAGACUACGACUACAACAACGCCAAAGACACGGCCAACUUCUGUCCUGCUCUUCAGGGUGGGGACAGUGAUGACGACGCCGAAGGGUUCGCUGGUUCAGAUGACACCCAGGCUGACGAUAUACCCAUGUCCUCGCAAGACCUCAAAAGAAUCUCUGUAUACGGGGAGGAUGAUUUGGUGCCUGAGCCGCAAAGGGUUAACAAGAUUGAGAUAAAUUAUGCUAAAACAGCUAAGAAAAUGGACAUGAAGAGACUCAAGAAUAGCAUGUGGACUCUUCUAACUGAAAGUCUAGAAAAACCCAGAGAGGAGGCAAACACAGCAGACUCAUCAGAAAUCACUGGGCAGAAAGUAUUCAGUGAGACAACCAAGACUCUGCUUAAAAGAUUACCCAGUACCAUGGCUCAGAACCUGUCUGUGCCCCUGGCAUUCGUGGCUCUGCUCCACCUAGCCAAUGAAAAGAAUUUGGAGCUGGUGAAGGUUGAUGACAUGUCGGAUAUCAUCAUCCAGCAAGGACAGUAAAAAGAGAUAGAUGAAAUUAUGUUCUUUUCCAUUUUCCCAUUUUAAUCCUAUUGUAUAUAACUCUCAACCAGUUUCUCAUGUCAAAAAGCCCAUUUUUUUAUCUUGCUUCCCCCCACUAUUUUUUCCCCAAUUAUACCUGGCCAGUUACCCCCCACUCUUCGGAGCCGUCAUGGUCACUGCUCCACCCACUCUGGCACUCCAGGGAGGGCUGCAGACUACCACAUGCCUCCUCCGAUACAUGUGGAGUCACCAGCUGUUUUUUUUUCACCUGACAUUGAACAAUUUCGCCAGGGGGACCUAGCGUGUUGGAGGAUCACGCUUUUCCCUCCCAGUUUCCCCUCCUUCCCAAACAGGCACCCUGACCGACCAAAGGAGGUGCUAAUACAGCAACCAGGACACAUACCCACGUCCAGCUUCCCACCUGCAGACGUGGCCAGUUGUAUCCCAGAUGCCCUUUUAUGUUGCUUUUAUGAACCAUUUAAUAUUUGUUCCCUUUUAAGUUACUUGUGAAAUGUCAAAUUUUUGUGUUUCAAACAUUUCAUUGCUCUUAUGCUAUUGAACUGUUACAUCCUUGUGAGAUAC